AUGAGCUCGGGGCCGGAAGGCAUCGAUAACAGACGCUCGAGUUCGUCACAACAGGGCAGUUCAAAAACAAAGCUCUUAAAUGACUUGUCCAGUCCAACCAACGGAAAGUUGGUGCGUGGAGGUAGAAAAUGGACGCACGUGAACCGCCGGACGAGACAGCCUUACAAGCAACGGCGGGCGACGGCAAAGUCGAAGACGCUCUUGUGUGGCCAGGAAGUCAGUCGACCCAGAGGUCUAAAUGACUCUAUUCGUUGGUUAGUUAAAAGCACAAGAGUAUCGCUACGGCCAAGGGAGAGAAUGCCGCAGAGCCGACCACAGCACAAUAAAUCUCGCAGGACUUUCGAGGCUGGAAAUCGAUGGCGUCAAACAAAAGUGAACGUGAUUGUACGUGUAGACGAACCAGAUUGUAUCUUUGUCAAGGAUCGAAGCCAACAAGGACGUCGGAUACUUGACAAAGGGGCGGAGGAAAUGGAGGAUGUCGAGGAAUUGAGCUCCUUGGAGAUGAUAUGGAGAGAGGAUCCAAUCUUUCAAUACCUCAGUGCAAUCACCAGCGCGAAAUACCGUGCGAAGAUGGUUCUGUCUGAACAAGAAGGGAACAACUUCAAAUGGAACAAAGUCAAGGAGAAGGUGAAGGUGAUGAACACAUGA